UUAAUUCCUCUAGUGUUACACAACAUUUCCUUUAAUGUGUGGAAUGAAUGAAUUUACCAUCUUGGGAAGCUGUGCAGGAAGCUUCACGAAAAGCGUCGCCAUAGUAGCGAGACUAGGGCCGGAGAACCCCCUUAUUUUCUUUUCUGCGCUCGGCCUUUCCGCGCCGGAACGAUUUUAGCUGCUCUUGCCGGAAGUGUGGCUAAGAGCCCCGGCUACGGGUGCGGGUGCGGCAGCGCGAGAACUCCCCGCAGUGGCGCGGCUGCAGUUAGGGUGAGGGUCCCAGUGCGCAGGCGCGCUCGCAUUCGCGGUCCCCAACGGACUCACCCGCGGCGGGAAGAAGGGACCACCCGUUCGAGGCCUUGGUCUCUCCCCCAGAGGAAGAUGCUGCUGCCACCUCCGUGCUCUUCCUGAGCCUCCAAGUUUCUGCCCCAUGGAGGACACUCCCACCUCCUUCAGCUGCUCUGACUGUGAACGCCACUUUCCUAGCCUCCCAGAACUAUCACGGCACCGCGAACUGCUGCAUCCAUCUUCCAGUCAGGACAGUGAGGAGGCUGACGGUGUCCCACGGCCCUACCGCUGUCAGCAGUGUGGGCGAGGCUACCGUCACCCAGGGAGCCUGGUCAACCACCGCCGAACCCACGAGACUGGCCUUUUCCCUUGUACCACCUGUGGCAAGGACUGCACCAAUCCCGUGGCCCUUAAGAGCCACAUGAGAACUCAUACUCCUGAGGGCCGACGCAGGCGCAGGCCCCCUCGCCCUCGCCCCAAGGAAGCCGCUCCACAUCCCCCGGGUGCAACAGUGUCUACUGACUCCUGGGCCCAAAGAGUUGGCCCUGCAGAAGACUGGGGAAACCAGAAAGAGCAUGCUGAAGAGACAUCUGGCUGUGAGUCUGGGUCUGAACCCAGAGUAGCUUCGGGCAGCUGGGAAGAUCCACCCGUCCAACAAGAAGCCUGGGAAAGCCAACCAGGUCCUGAGGAAGGUGCAGAGGACUGGGGCCCUUCCACCAACUCUGCCAGAGCCCCAGCACUCCCAUCACAAGCCAGCAACCUUCUUAGCAAUUUGGAACAGUAUUUGGCUGAAUCAGUAGUGAAUUUCACAGGGGGCCAGGAACCCACCCAGUCUCCUCCUGCUGAGGAGGAACGGCGGUACAAGUGCAAUCAGUGUGGCAAGACUUACAAGCAUGCUGGGAGUCUCACCAACCAUCGCCAGAGCCACACCUUGGGCGUCUAUCCUUGCGCCAUCUGCUUUAAGGAGUUUUCUAACCUCAUGGCUUUGAAGAACCACUCACGACUCCAUGCCCAGUAUCGGCCUUACCAGUGUCCCCACUGCCCUCGCGCCUUUCGGCUUCCCCGAGAGCUUCUAGAACACCAACAAUCCCACGAGGGAGAAAGUCAAGGGCAACUGUGGAAAGAGAAGGGGAUGCCCACUACCAAUGGGCAUAUAGACAAAGGCUGCCAGGACCAGCUCCCUAGUUCUCAGAUGCUGAAUGGCUCUGGGGAGCUCAGCACUUCAGGGGAACUAGAGGACAGUGGCUUGGAGGAAUACCGGCCUUUCCGCUGUGGGGAUUGUGGCCGUACUUACCGUCAUGCUGGAAGCCUCAUCAAUCAUCGCAAGAGCCAUCAGACCGGUGUCUACCCCUGCGCCAUCUGCUCCAAGCAGCUCUUCAAUGCAGCGGCCCUCAAGAACCAUGUGCGGGCUCAUCACAGACCUCGGCAAGGAACUGGGGAGGAUGGGCAGUCAUCCCUGCUGCCGGCUCCCCUAACUCUGGCUGCAGGCACCUCCAAAGAGGAAGAGGGGCCCGCCAGCACCCUGGACCACCGCCCUUAUAAGUGCAAUGAGUGUGGCCGAGCUUACCGUCACCGAGGGAGCCUGGUAAAUCACCGCCACAGCCAUCGGACAGGAGAGUACCAGUGCUCACUCUGUCCCCGCAAGUACCCCAAUCUUAUGGCCCUGCGCAACCAUGUACGAGUACAUUGCAAGGCUGCUCGGCACAGUGCAGACCCGGGGACUGAGGGUACCCCUGGCCGCCUCAAGGGGGAGCUGCCGCCUGAUUCGGUGGGAGCAGAGGCAUCCCCACCAACAGGUUCGGGGUCCUGGUGCAAACCCACGGAAGAGGCCCCUGCCCUCCUCCCAGCAGCAGACAGGACAGCACCACAGAUCUGUAGUGUGUGGGGGAUGUUCUUUGAAGACCCCAAGAGCCUUGAAAUUCAUAGCCGGACCCAUGAGGAAGGGGAGGAGAGCAGGACAGAGGCGCGGGAGUCACCUCCGCGUGCAUUUGCCUGCCGCGACUGUGGGAAGAGCUAUCGCCACUCAGGCAGUCUUAUCAACCACAGGCAGACUCAUCAGACAGGGGACUUCAGCUGUGGGACCUGCGCCAAGCAUUUCCACACCAUGGCUGCUAUGAAGAACCAUCUGCGACGCCACAGUCGACGGCGGAACAGGCGGCACCGGAGGCGAGUCGGUGGCGUAGGUGGCGAGGGAGAAGCCAAAGCCCCCUCCACUGGAAUCUGGGCUCAGGAAUCGGUAGGAGAUACUGCGCGCCUGGACUGUGGCCAGGAUCGUUCAAGGGAAAGUUCUAGUGGAGCCGAAGUCAACUUGGAAAAUGAUGAGGGCUGUUUGCAGGCUGACUCUGAAAGGGACAAAUGUGAGCUUGAAAGGGAUGAGGCAUGUCUCCAGAGUGACAGAGAGAGCAGAGGUACUGAGGAGGGAGUAGAGCAGAAGGAGUCCUGUUUCCUCGACAACUUGGAUGUUUCAGGUGAUGAGGAAAGCAGUGGGGCUCGCUUCUGUAACAGCCCGACUGGGAUGGAUGAAGAUCAAAAGCCAACCCCUGGCCAGCCCGGCCCUUCCCAUGGUGCCGAAGCUCUCAGUGACUGGCAGACUGAGGCCUCCCACACGUGUUCUGACUGCGGGCAUUCUUUCCCCCAUGCCACCAGCUUGCUGAGCCACAGGCCUUGCCAUCCACCUGGCAUCUACCAGUGCUCCCUGUGCCCAAAGGAGUUUGACUCUCUGCCUGCCCUGCGCAGCCAUUUCCAGAACCACAGGCCUGGGGAGGCAGCCUCAGCCCAACCCUACCUCUGCUGUCUCUGUGGCAUGAUCUUCCCUGGGCGGGCUGGCUACAGGCUUCACCGGCGCCAGGCCCAUGGCUCCUCCAGCAUGACUGAGGGCUCAGAGGAGGAGGGAGAAGAGGAAGGAGCCGCAGGGUCAGCCUGCAACCGGAGCCCCCCGCUGCAGCUCUCGGAAGCAGAGCUGCUAAAUCAGCUGCAGCGGGAAGUGGAGGCACUAGAUGGAGCUGGGUAUGGGCACAUCUGUGGCUGCUGCGGUCAGACCUAUGAUGACUUGGGGAGCCUCCAGCGUCACCACCAAAGUCAGAGUUCUGGUAACACCAUGGACAAAGCUCCCAGCCCCUUGCGGGAGGCAGGUGAUGCCACGGACAUGGCCACAGAUGGCGUCUUUGAGAGCACUAUGACCUCUCUCUCUGAGGAGUGUGGGGACACAAAGUCUGAUUUGGGAGUAGGCGCCAUGGCAGCAGACAACCUUUGUGUGCAGGGAGAGGAAAGUUCACUGGAGGCUGAGGCCCAGCCCCGCCCGUUCCGCUGCAAUCAGUGUGGCAAGACCUAUCGCCACGGGGGCAGCCUGGUGAACCACCGCAAGAUCCACCAGACCGGAGACUUUCUCUGCCCUGUCUGCUCCCGCUGCUACCCCAACCUGGCAGCCUACCGGAACCACCUGCGGAACCACCCGCGCUGCAAAGGGUCUGAGCCCCUUGUGCGGCCUGUUCCAGAGCAGGCAGGCAGCACUGAAUCCCAGGACAUGGAGGAGGGGCUGGGACAGGCCGAGGAGGUGAAGCUCCAGGAAGACUUUAAAGAGGAGCCCCUGGAGGAGGGCACCAGGGUGAAAGAAGAGGCCUGGGAGGAGACCACCGUGAAGGGAGAGGAGGAGCUGGAACUGAAGCUGGAGACUGCAGAGAAAGGCUGCCAGACCGAGGCCAGCACCGAGCGGCCCUUCACCUGUGAGGUGUGUGGCCGGUCAUACAAACAUGCUGGCAGCCUCAUCAACCACCGGCAGAGUCACCAGACUGGCCACUUUGGCUGCCAGGCCUGCUCCAAAGGCUUCUCAAACCUCAUGUCCCUCAAGAACCACCGGCGUAUCCAUGCCGACCCCCGGCGCUUCCGCUGCGGGGAGUGCGGGAAGGCCUUCCGCCUGCGGAAGCAGCUCGCCAGCCACCAGCGGGUCCACACCGACCGGAGUGGGAGUGGGACCACCCGAAAGCUGCCUCGGGAAGAUAGGCCCUUCCGGUGCGGGCAGUGUGGACGGACCUACCGCCAUUCCGGCAGCCUCCUGAACCAUCGGCGCAGCCAUGAGACAGGUCAGUACAGCUGUCCUACCUGCCCCAAGACCUGUUCCAACCGCAUGGCCCUGAAGGACCAUCAGAGACUGCACUCGGAGAGCAGGCGGAGGCGUGCGGGGCGCUCACGCCGGGUGGCUGUGCGCUGUGCCCUCUGUGGCCAGGGCUUCCCAGGCCGGGCGUCUCUGGAGAGGCACUUGAAAGAGCAUGAGGAGACCAGAAGUGGUCAGGAUGGCCCAAAUGGCGCAGAAGGUGGUGAGGAGAACUUGGCCGGUGGCCAGGAACAGAAAGUCAGCUUAGAUGGUGUUGAGUCAGUACCCCAGCUGGAGGCUGGCACCGUGGGGCCAGGGGGGCAGAGGCAGGGCCCCAUCACGGCAGCAGCUCCAGAAGCCGUAGAGUCAGUAUCUUGGCUGGAGAAAGCAGAAGGGUGGGGAGAAGAUGGGGGACCAGUGAAGCAUGAUGGACAGUGGGUGCCUCAGGGUCAAGUACCAGCCGAACCAGAGGACGAGGCAGGAGGUAGUGUCCCCCGGAGUCCUCGCCAUCUUGCUGAUGGUCAACACAAUGGGCCUCAUCUGAGUCAUGUGAAUAACUGGGACAGUGGAGAUGCCCUCACUCAGCCAGAGAGCCACUCCUUGUCUUGCAGCCGUUGUGGCAAGACUUUCCAGUCAGAGGGCCUGAACCACGGUGCCCACCGACCAGAAAGCCGCUGUUGCCUGCUCUGCUCCAAGGAGUUCCUGAAGAGCCACAGUCCUAAUCACGGAGCUGCCCAUGCCUGUGCCAGCCCCAAUUGUGGCAAGACCUUUGAGUCCCACCACGAGCUAACCACCCACCUGCAGGCUCAUUCCGGGGCCCUCAGUCAGACAGAGGCAGCCAGAGGCCCUGUGGCCAAGGAGGACGAAAUGGCUGUCCCUGGUGAAGGGCAAGUCCUGUCAGCACCCUCGAGGGUCUCGGGAGAGAAUGCCAGGAGUGAAGGGACGCCAGGACAAGGAGUGAAGUCCCCAGUGGCUGCAGAUGAGGAGCGGCCCUUCCGCUGUGCCCAGUGUGGGCGCUCCUACCGCCAUGCCGGCAGCCUGCUAAACCACCAGAAAGCCCACACCACUGGCCUCUAUCCCUGCGCCCUCUGCCCCAAACUUCUCCCCAAUCUGCUGUCCCUUAAGAACCAUGGCAGGACCCACACAGACCCUAAGCGCCACCGCUGCAGUAUCUGUGGCAAAGCCUUCCGGACAGCCGCCCGGCUGGAAGGCCAUGGACGGGUCCAUGCACCCCGGGAGGGGCCCUUCACCUGCCCCCACUGUCCCCGCCAUUUCCGACGCCGAAUCAGCUUCCUGCAGCACCAGCGGCAGCACCAGGAGGAAUGGACAGAGUCCAAUUCUGGUGCCCCAAAGGCGGCGGCGGCAGGCAGAGGGGAUUUGUCAUUAUCCCCUGCACCCACCUCCUCGACCCCACUCCUGGACCCUUCACCCCAGUGGCCUGCAGACCUCAGCUUCUCCCUCUGAACUUCAAGUCUCCAAAGAUCGGAAUUUGGCGGGAUGGUGCAGGGACAGAAGUGAUCUCCAGGUUUUUCUCAGGAGUAGUUGGGGCAUCCUCAUGCCUUCUCUCCCACUGAGAAGAAGACCCCCCCCCAUCUGGUUCUGGGUGGGGGGGAACCCCCGGCCUGCCCUCCUCACUCUGCUCUUCCUGCAAGAAACCAGGGCGGGGCAGAGACCAGAGCUACAGGUGGGGGGCGCUGCCUGUGGAAGGGGAGCCUUUUGCUACAAUUUGUAACUUAUUUUCUAAAGUCUAUUUUGUAACAAUUUAUUUAAGUUUUAAAAAA